AUGGAAACUUAAUAAGCCUAAAAGGAUUUACAAUUUUUAGAGUAGAAAACUGCUAGUCUCUCAUAAAACUUAGAGUAGCUCUGGUUAGAAUUUAAUUAAUAGUAAGAGAUGCUUAAAUUGAUUACAUCAUAAAAUCAAUAUACCAUCUCUAAAAAAACAAAGAAGUUUAAAAUGGUUAUUAGAUUUGUCAUUCCCUACUUAGAAUUGAAGUAGGUAUUUUAAAUGAGAUUCCUAAGCAAGGAGUUUAAAUAGAUUAUAGCAAAAGAAAAAAAAGCAAUUAAUCAAUUGAUUAAUCAUCAAAUUGAGAAAAACAAAGAAAAAUUAUACGAAUUUAAUAUUAUUGAUAAGACUUCAAGAGAAUUAUAUAUGUACAUAGUGAAAUUAAAUUUUUAUGGACAAAAAGUUAAAGAAACUGUUCUUCCAAAAGACUUCUAAUGCAUUUUAAAGCAAAUAAGUGAUCCAUCGUAAAUCUAUGCAAUUCAAGUUGCAUCUAAAUUUCAAUAUCCAUAAAAAAAAAUGGCAUACUAGAAUCCAACAUAGAAAGAAAUUAUAGAUAAUUAUUGUAAAAUCGCAUAUCAUCCAUGGUAGGGUAAUACUAACCUUGUGGCCGAAUUUGAAAAGUAUCGAAAAGAAAUACUAAGAUAAAAGCAUUUAAAGCAUUUAUAAUCAUUAAGACCAGUUGUUGAUAAUUUAUGA